CCUGGGCAGGAGGGCAAAAGGUAAGGAGUUGGAUGGACAAGUUCAGGACUUGGACGGUACUAAGACCUAAAGCGGGCAACGACGAGCAAAUCGAAUUGUGGAAACAACAUUCUGAAAGGGUAGGGAAAAAAAAAAACUGCAAAUGCCAAAUUGAGAUUGUAAUUUGGAACGGAUGGCAACUAGAAGAAGGAGAGAUGGAUGGAGAGGGAGGGAGGAAGGAGGAGGGAGAAAGGGAGGAGGGAGAGAGGGACGAAGAAGAAGGGAGGAAGGAGGAGGGAGAAAGGGAGGAGGGAGAGAGGGACGAAGAAGAAGGGAGGAAGGAGGAGGGAGAAAGAAAGGGAGGAGUAAAGAGGGAGUAGUGAGUCGACAUGUGGAGGGAGAAAGAGAGGACGAAAGAGGCGGGAGAAGUGAGGUGGUGCGUAGAGGAGGGAGAAAGGGAGGAAGGAGGAGGCAGAAAGGAGGGAGGAAGGAGAGAGGUAGAGGUAGAUGACGAAAGAAGGGAGAGGAGGAGGGAGGGAGGAGGAGGGAGGGAGGAGGAGGGAGAGAUGGACGAGGAAGAAGGGAGAGCAGAGGAGGGAGAAAAGGAGGAAGCGGGAGGGAGAAAAGGAGGAAAGAGGGGGCAGCGAGUCGAGUCAGUUGACGCGUGCACGAUGGGAGGGGUGGAGGUGUCGCGCGGAGUGAAAGGCCCUGCCGCUAACCAGAACAAGUCUGAUCUCAUCCUGCUUCGGCCCGUGAUCAACCAUCGCAGGAUCAAAGGGUUAUUAGACUGUGGAGCCACUCGCAACUUCAUGUCUCCCAGUGCAGUCCAAAAACUGCAUCUGGGCCUGAAAGUGGUGCAGCUGCAGCAACCGCUGCAGGUCCGCAUAGGGGACUCCACUGUUCUGACCAUCAGGGAGAAGGUCAGGGGCAUCCCUGUUACCUUCGACAGUGCGGGAGAAUUCAGACAUAGUCUGAACUUCUACAUUUUCCCUGACCUCCCCUUUGACCUUGUGUUCUCUAUGCAAUGGCUGAGAGCAGUCAACCGAAGGAUCGACUGGCAGAUCCCCAAGGUUGAACUGCCAAACAGCAAGGGGGUAUAUCAGCCUUGUAUGCUUGCAGCUGAUUACCACCCUCAGACAUCUUGCUUCUGCUUGAGAGCGAGAGAGUUUUAUGCUCUCUCUCGCCAGUAUGAUCAUGAGCGUCUGUUCAUCGCUCUGGUCAAGCAGACAAACGUUCCCUCUACUCCCUGUCCUCCUGAGAUACAACAGGUUGUGGACCAGUGUGCUGAUCUGAUGCAGGAGCCCUUUGGGUUACCCAACCGGCCAACCAAGCAUCAUAUUGAGCUGCUGCCUGGGGCGGUUCCUCCCAAGGGCCGCAUCUACAGGAUGUCACCUGCUGAGUUUGAGGAGCUCAGGCGACAGCGUGAGACCCUGACCAGCAAGGGCUGGAUCAGGCCCAACACUUCUGAAUUCGGUGCCCCAGUCCUCUUUGUUCCAAAGGGGAGUGGCAAGUUCAGAAUGUGCAUUGACUACAGGGGUCUCGACAAGAUCACUAGGAAGAGUACAGAGCCACUUCCUAGGAUCGAGGACCUACUGGAUAUGGUCCAGGGCUGUACCAUUUUCAGCAAAGUCGACCUCAAAUCUGGCUACCACCAGAUUGAGAUGGCAGAGGAGGACGUCCACAAGACGGCCUUCAAAACCAGGUAUGGUACUUAUGAGUACCUGGUGAUGCCGUUUGGACUUUGCAAUGCACCUGGCACAUUCCAGACUGAGAUGCACCGCAUCUUCAGGCCGUACCUGGAUAAGUUUAUGAUUGUCUACCUGGAUGAUAUCCUGGUAUUCAGCAAAACUACCAGGGAACAUGCGGAGCACCUAGCUCUAGUCCUUCAGUCGUUACGUGACAGCCAGUACAAGAUCAACAGGGAGAAAUCCUCUUUUGGAGUUCCCUCUGUUAUCUACCUGGGUCAUGUAAUCUCUGGAGAUGUCCUUCAGCAGGAUGAUGGUAAUGGUCUGAGACCUGUAGAGUUUAUGAGUAAGAAGAUCGAAACUUAUAACCUUCAGGACUCUACCUACAAGAAAGAGCUAUAUGCUCUUGUCAGUGCCCUGAAACAUUGGAAGCACUUUCUCCUGGGCAGGCACUUCAAGAUCUUUUCUGAUCACUCCACCCUGCAGUGGUUGAAGUCCCAGAGAGAGUUGAAUGAUAAAUUGGCACGCUACAUCCAGUUCAUUGAUCUGUUUGACUUUGAAUUGAAGCAUAAGAAGGGCUGCUACAACAAGGUAGUAGACGCCCUCUCUCGUAGGCCUGACUCCUUUGCGUUGAUCUCCUCUACUCACUCCUUUGGAGAGGAGGUCCGUCAGACCAUCGCUCGUUUGCUGCCUCAGGAUCCGACUUAUGGACCCAUCAUCAGGAAUCUGCGAGCAGAUCCUAAUUCUGAACCUGGCUAUGCCCUGAGUUUAGAUAUGCUGUAUACUUACAGCAGAGGAGAGGAGCGCUUGUGCAUCCCUGAGGAUCAGCAGUUGAGGAUACUGCUGAUGUCAGAGUGCCACGACGCGCGUGGACACUUUGGGUUCCUAAAGUCAUAUGCAGCCCUGUCGCAGCGCUUCUUCUGGAAGGAGAUGCGGAGUGAUAUGCUGCGCUAUGUGGACACCUGUGAGCUCUGCCAAAGGAACAAGGUUCAACGUAAACCUCCUUUGGGAUUGCUCAAACCUUUGCGCAUACCUGAUGGUCCUCCCCAGUCUGUGUCUAUUGAUUUCACAGACUUAGGCAAGACUACCCCUCGUGGCAUGCGUCAGGUCAUGGUCUGCGUGGACAGGUUCUCCAAAUACGCAGAGUUCAUCCCCUUGCCAGAGGUAGCCAGGGUACCGGCUGUGAGAGCAGCCUUUUCUGAGUGGUGGGUCACACACCAUGGACCGCCCACCUCUAUUGUGAGUGAUCGAGACCCUAGAUUCUGCGGCGAUGAGUGGCAGUCCUACUGCAAGGACUAUCUGCACUCACGCUUGGACAUGACUUCUGACCGUCAUCGUGAAGCCAAUGGGUUGGCUGAAGUGAUGAACCAGGUCCUGUUCCAGUUGUUACGUCCUGUGAUCUCUCCUGAUCAGCAGGACUGGGAUCUCCACUUGGCGAGGGCACAACUCAUGUAUAACAUGUCUCUCCACUCCUCGACAGGGUUUAGUCCCUACCGGUUACAUUGGGGACGUGAGCCACGACAGCCUCUCGAUGAUAUCAUCGACAAGUCUAAGCCUGACCUUACCCCAGGCAUUGCUGAGUUCGUUAGACGCUAUCGUCUGGAUGUGGAAAGAGCCCGGGCGAACUUGUUCAAGGCCCAAAAGGCCAUGAUUGAACAAGCUAACCGCCACAGGCGGCCUUCCCCCAUCCGUACGGGUGACUAUGUCUGGGUGGCCAGUUCUGAGUUGUCGAGGGAGGAGGAUAUUUCUCCCAAGCUGUUGCCACGCUACCUGGGUCCGUGGCAGGUUCUAGAUACAGUGGGCGCUGAUCCUUUUGGCCCAUCGUACGUCAUUGACGUGCCCCUGCAUCUACGAACCUAUCCGGUCUUCCAUGCAUCUAAGCUGCUGCCUUUCAUACCAGCUGAUGCAUUCUCGGACCGGCCCCCUCAAUGGGGCCCACCAAUCCCUGGAAAGGGAUAUGAUGUGGUGGCCAUUGAGGACGAGUGGGGCACUGGCCCCAACCAGUAGUAUCUUGUCAGGUUUGCGUUCCAGCCUCCUUCUGAGAACCGGUGGUUCUAUAGAAGAGACCUGAUCAAGACAGCAAAGUCU